AUGCCGAACUCGGCCCGGUCCGCGCGGAGCUGCUGCAUGCGCGGGAUGUUCACCGUGGUCAGCCAGCUCAGAGACUCCAGGUCACCGGGGUCGAACGCGCUCAGGUCGGACGCCUCUGGCAAAGGAAAAGAUAAGGUGCGCCAUUUGGACCUGGAGCGAGCGAUGACCGCCAGAGACCGGGUCGGCGUCCAGGACAUGGUGCUGCUGGACGCCCACAACAGCGAGACGGCUUUUCUGGACAACCUGAAGAAGCGCUUCUCCGAGGACCUGAUAUACACCUACAUCGGAAACCUUCUGAUCUCAGUCAACCCGUAUAAAGAGCUGGACAUCUACAGCAAGAGACACAUGGGCCUCUAUAUGGUGGUCAACUUUUAUGAGCUUCCUCCUCACAUCUACGCCCUGGCGGAUAACGCCUACCAGACCAUGCUAGCCGAGGCUAAUAACCACUUCAUCCUGAUCUCUGGAGAGAGCGGGGCUGGGAAAACCGAGGCCACCAAGAAGAUCCUGCAGUAUUACGCCGUCAGCUGCCCCAGCAGCUCCCUCCUGAACUCCGUCCGCGACCAGAUGCUCAUGUCCAACCCCAUCCUGGAGGCCUUUGGAAAUGCCAAAACUCUGAAGAACGACAACUCCAGUCGCUUUGGGAAGUACAUGGACAUUCAGUUCGACUGCCAGGGCGACGCAGUUGGAGGUCACAUCCUGAGUUAUCUGCUGGAGAAAUCCCGCGUGGUCCAUCAGAACCACGGCGAGAGGAACUUCCACAUCUUCUACCAGCUGCUGGAGGGAGGAGACGAUGACCUGCUGAGACACCUGGGCCUCGAGAGAGACACACAGCACUACAACUACCUGCUACAUGGUGAGUGUGCCAAAGUGAGCUCCAUCAACGACAGGAACGACUGGAAGUCUGUGAAAAACGCCCUCUUGGUCAUGCGCUUCGAUUUCAGCGACAUUCAGCACCUGUUUGGAAUCAUCGCAAGUGUCCUGCACCUGGGGAACGUCCCCUUCGACAGAGACACCAAAGGCAACGCUGUCCUGAACUCCAACACUGAACUGCGCUGGGUAUCAAAGCUGAUCGGGGUCCAUGUGCAGGUCCUGACCGAGGCUCUGACCUACAGGAAGAUCGAGGCGAGGACAGAUGAGGUCCUGUGUCCCUUCACCGUCGAUCAUGCCAUCUACGCCAGGGACGCGCUGGCCAAAGCCAUCUACGGACGCACCUUCACCUGGCUGGUCAACCGCAUCAACGAGUCACUCGAGAAUCAGGACUUGAGUAGAAAAACCGUUAUCGGACUGCUGGACAUCUACGGGUUUGAGGUCUUCUACGUGAACAGUUUUGAGCAGUUCUGCAUUAAUUACUGUAACGAGAAGCUCCAGCAGCUGUUCAUCCAGCUCACCCUGAAGGCCGAGCAGGACGAGUACGAGGCCGAGGGCAUCGAGUGGGAACCUGUGCAGUUCUUCAAUAACAGAAUCAUCUGUGACAUGGUGGAGGAGAAGCACAGAGGGAUCAUCUCAGUACUGGAUGAGGAGUGUUUAAUGCCAGGUGAUGCCACAGACCUCACCUUCCUGGACAAGAUGGAGCAGAAAAUGGGCAACCAUCCUCAUUUUAUUACACAGAAGCUGGCCGACAAGACCAUCCGCAGGACUCUGGAGAGAGGAGACUUCCGUCUGCUUCAUUACGCCGGCGAGGUCACCUACUGCGUCGUGGGUUUCAUUGACAAGAACAACGACCUGCUGUACAGACACAUUAAAGAGGUGAUGCGGCAGUCGAAGAACUCCAUCAUGCAGCAGUGUUUCUCCUGUGAUGAGGUGGACAGCAGGAGGAGACCCGAGACGGUGGCGACUCAGUUUAAGAACAGCCUGCAGGGCCUGACCGAGAUCCUGAUGGCCAAAGAAGCCUGGUACGUCCGCUGCUUAAAGUCUAACGACAACAAGCAGUCGGGAAGGUUUGAUGAUGUGCUGGUGCGGCACCAGGUGAAGUAUUUGGGUCUGAUGGAGCACCUGAGAGUCCGGCGGGCCGGUUUCGCGUAUCGGAGGAGAUACGAGGAGUUUCUAAAGAGGUAUAAACCUCUGUGCCCUGACACCUGGCCACACUGGAGAGGAGUUCCUGCUGAGGGAGUGGAGAGACUGGUGCAGCACCUGGGAUACCAGCCUGAUGAGUACAAGAUGGGCAGGACUAAAAUCUUCAUCCGAUACGCCAGGACGCUGUUCGCCACCGAGGACGCCUAUGAGCUCUGUAAACACGAGCUGGUUGCAAAGAUCCAAGCCAAGUAUAAGGGCUACCGGACCAGAGGAGAGUUCAAAAAGCAGAAGGAAGCAGCCACUAAAAUUGAAACGUGCUGGAGAGGAGUUCAGGCUCGGAAGGAGAGAGAGAGACGAGCCUGGGCCGUCAAGGUCAUCAAAAAGUUUAUUAAAGCGUACAUGACGCGCGGCGAGGCCAAGCCCACGGAUAACUCGGAGUACCUGGCGUUUGUCAGACAGAGCUACCUGAAGCGUCUGGUCAAUAACCUCCCGGCGACGGUCCUGGACAAGAGCACGUGGCUCACACCUCCGGCUGUGAUGAGAGAGGCGUCGGAGUUACUGCGGAGGAUCCACACGCGCUGGCUGGUGAGGAAGUACGUACGGGGGACCACGCCUCAGAGGAAAGCUCAGCUGCAGCUGAAGGUCAUCACGAGUGCCAUGUUUAAGGGGAAGAAGGAGAGCUACCCUCAGAGUGUCGCUGUGCCCUUCAUGGACACCAGGAUCAGUGAGCAGGACCUGAACGAGCAGGUGCUGCAGAUAAUACGACAGGAACGCAUCAAGUACAGCGUUCCCGUGGUGAAAUACGACCGGAACGGGUUCAAGCCGAGACCCAGGCAGUUGAUUCUCACCCAGGUGGCACUGCAUGUUAUAGAAGAGGCCAAGAUCAAACAGAGAGUGGAGUUCGCCUCACUCAGGGGUGUUUCUGUCAGUAACCUGGGAGACACGUUCAUGAUCCUCCACGUGGUGAGUGACGGCCCCAAGCAGAAGGGAGAUCUGAUCCUUCAGUGUGAUCACCUUUAUGAAGCUCUGACCAAACUGAGCGUUCUGGCAAAAAAGCAGGACGCCGUCAAUGUGCUCCAGGCGAGUAUUAAGUUUGAGAUCAGCGGAGGUAAGGAGAACUUUGUGGACUUCAAGACUGGACAGGAAGCCGCGGUGUACAAGAAGAACGGACAUCUGACGGUGGUCACACCAAGGGUGCGUUCACGAUGAUGUGAGAGCAGUGGUGAAGACCAGACUCGUCCUCCUGUCCUUCAGCUGAACAUCCAGGAUAAAAACUAUUUUAUAUAUAACUGAAAUUGAUUUAACUGCUUUCAGUUUAAAGUAUUAAAUCUUUAUUAAACUCAGUCGGAUUGUUUCCCAGAGCUUCCUGUUCUUCUGUCAUCUGCUUAAAAAACCCUCUCAGACUAUAAACACAGACGUCCUUAAAAG